AUGGCGGCGCCCAUGGGGAAGCUCGGUGAGCUAGUGUGGGAGCACCGGGUGCAGGCGGCCGUCGCGGUGGCGUUCGUGGCCGCGGCCGCCGUCUCGAUCUCCGCCGUCGGGCCCAGCCUCAGCGCCGUGGUGUCAUUCUUCUGGCCGCUGCUUCUCUCCACGGCCUUCUUCCUGGUGGCCGUCUCCGUGCUGCUCUGGAUCUCGCCGCCGCCCGCGGGCGACGCCGACGAGUCCGGAAAGGAGCUCAUCGACUUCGUCGCCGGGUGCCGCCCGGACCACCUCGCCCCCCCGGAUGCUGCGGCGACCGUGCCCGUGGCCGCCGUGGAGGCCCCGCCGGAGCCGGAGAUCUAA